CUCGGAAUUUCCAUCCAGAAUCCCUCGGAAUCUGCUGCAGAAAACGUUUUCGAGUGAAGCAGUGGAGCGCAAGCAAGGAGGAGCUCUUCAGAUUCUGGAAUUGCAUCGAUCCUUUGCAGGCUUUGGGGAUAAGUGCCCUUACCUCUCCAGCCAUGUCUCGCUUGUUGCAGCAGGUUCCUGGGCUUGCUCGGAGGUUGUCCGUUGCCCGGCCUGCGGCGGUGAACGGGACACGGUCUUUCAGCGCUUCUGCUGGACAUGGAACCCAGGAGGAGGCACUCGCCGAAAUGGCCAAGUGGCGCAAUGUCUCGAUCGCUGCUGUUGUUGCUUGCGCUGGGUUGACCGCUUACGACCUCGUCAUUGCCCCUGAAGAGCACCAUCACCAUGAGAAGAAGAAGUACUCAUACUUGCACAUCAGGAACAAGGCAUUCCCCUGGGGUCCCUGUGGUCUGUUCGAGUACGACUGCAACCCAGACGAAGAACCCGUUGUUUGAUUGUUAGGCAUGUUGCUGGCACACGUCCAUGUGUUUGUAAGGCCCUCUUGAUCACUUGAGGAGCAGGUGCAUUCGUUGACCGUCUGCAUUGGAUGGAUAGCGGGACUGCAAUAUGGCUCACAGAUUGGAUACAUAAACGCACGGCAGGAAUAUAAAUAGCAGGCUUUUGCUUCUGUCCAUGUAGAGGAGUAGAACAGCAAUCUGCACAAGUCUGAAUCCCACGCAUCCCCAAACGUUCACCUUGUUUGAAGCAUUCUUGUGUAAUCCGAAUACGAUUCUUCUAUCUGACCAUCCCGAUAUUUCUGUGUAAUGAGCCGUCCGUUGGACUCUUGAUUGCAAAAUUUCAUUCUUGU